AUGUCUACUAACUCAAAGAAAAACGACAACCAUAUACCAUCUCAUCCCAUUAGAGUCGGUUUUACGGGCGAAGUAGGCAAUCAAGCACUCGCCAAAAUGAAUGGUGCCAAGGGUUUUAUUUCUCACCACGCGUCCAUCGCCACAUCCGGUAUGAAUGGCGGCGCUCCCUUCGAGAAUCCAAUCCAGAUCACCUCCUAUGGUUCCCAGGCCGAGACCUUAGCCCCCAAGAACGUCUACACUAUGAACUGCAAGCUCAUCGGUACAAACAACAGUACUGACGAUCAACUUCACUUCGAGAACGUCAAUCACAUUAACCUCGGAUCUGUUGACAAAUUUGGUGAAUUUUUCGUCGGCGAACUUAUUGAUAAGAUCACUAAGAGCGCAUUAGGCAUCGUUUUUGGCCGUGACUUGAUCACUGACCCCGCCUUUAAAGGCAAAUCAACUGUUGUCGUCACGCUCAAGUCCACUGAUUACGAUCCAAUUACAAAGACCAAUGUUAGCUGGCACACGCAGCAUUACAUUCCACCGGUGCGUAAUAUGGAAAAGGCGCAGAAUCUCUGCCAAUUGGGGCGUGAAGUCCUCUUGACCAGUCAAAUCAAGGACUAUGAUUCCAAUCUUUUUAUGUGGGAAAAUGAGGUUCACGCCAUUAGUAUAUGCCAUGGAGAAAUUACAUUGGCAGCUACGCCGUCUUCCAGGUCCAGCGGAGGACCAAGCGGUGGUCGAAUUCCAUUGUCACUCAACCGCACUGUCCCUUCCAGUGUUGCGAGUACCUCAUGCCGCCCAAUUGAAGCAUCGUCGACUCCCAGCGCCGUUACCGACUCAGCCGAUCCGUUGUUUCACUCUUUGUUCGGAGGGGCGGAACGUGAUGACACCGAUGAUGAGGAAAGUGAUGUUGCUUCCCCACUCGCGGAAGUUACCAAGACCAAGGGCAAACGAGUCCGACGCUCCUGA